AUGGAAGAGAUCAAGAAUGUUCUAGAAGAAAGCAACAGCUUCCUAAAGAAGAUUAGGUAUUUCCAUAUGAAAACAAAUGUUUUCCAGGAACAAGUUGGUAACAUUCAGGAAAAGCUUGAAGAAUUUUUGAAGAAAAUGAAGGCUACUAAGGAGGACAUCAAGAUUCUUGAAGAAAGGAAUAAGGCUGGUCAGGAUGCAGUCCGGGCUUUCCUAAAACAGAGUAAAGAUAUCCAAAAAAAGAAUAAAGUCAUUUAUGAGAAGAACAAAAUCCUGCAGGGAAAGAACAAGGCUUUCCGGAAGGGCUAUAUAGCUUUCUGGAAGAAGGACAAGAUCUUCUGGGAGGAAGAGUUGGCCAUCUCAAGCAGCAAACUGAUUCUCUGGGAAGAAUCUAUAGCUUUCAAAGAGAAUGACAGGAAGAUUCAAAAGGAAAAAAGAGCUCUGUGGGAUGUAGUGGAAGCCCUGUGGGACAAGAAAUUUUCCUUCUUGGAUAAUGUAUAUGUUCUUCCAGGAGAGGAGAAACUACCUGAAACAGAAGAGAACAAUCUUUGUGGCAAUUAUGGCUCAGCUGUGAACACUGGAAAUGAAACAUCGGAGUAA